AUGCACAGAUCACUACUGAUCAAAAAUACGUUGUGGCUAGUGUAAGUAUGCUUAUUUUCACUUGCUGUUUAUUUUUUGGGCCUGAUUUCCAAUUUUUCGCAUAUUUUGUACACCAUGUUGUCAUGUCUUUUAAAUGUUCGAAAUUAACCAAGGUUCAGACGUUUUUAGAAGAACAAUAUCACGUAUACGAAUUAACAACAGGAAGGCGUCUGUACGAGCAUGAACGGAAAAACAUGAAAUUCAAUUCAAGCGUUUAUAAAUUUGACUACCUAGCUGGGGUUGUGGAAGAAGUGUUGAGUACAAAAAAAACCUUUUCUGUUAUUAAACCACAUAGCGAACCGACAGAAAAUAUUUUUCCACAUGUUCAACAAGACACAUUGAUCGUUCACGAUGUAUGCAAAGACGUAAAGUACAAAAUUCCUUUGAAUCAAAGUAAUAAGCCUGUUAAUAGCGUGACGGUUUUGGCACCUACAAAUUGUGUUCGAAUUAUUUACAGAAACGAUGCAUGGAAACGGCCGUGCGAAGUGUACAAUAUUUUAACUGGUAAUUUGGUGUUGGAGAGCGUAUAUGGCUUGAGAUUCAUGGCGCCCUUUCUAAUCCAAAAUAACGAUGGAAGUGUAGGUUUGAAACUAUAGUUUAACAGUAGAGUACAGGGGUUGAGAGAUUAGGGCAAGUCAAAGAAGCAUAACAAGAAAUACGUUUAUUUCAGGUUUAUAAGUUCAAUUCUUCUAGUGGCACAUGGGACUACACCGGUUCUUCUGUACCAGUACCUUGCCGUGUAUUAAAAGAAGCUCCGAAUUUUUUAAUCACAAAAAAAUAUUUUUUCCCUCAAUGUAGUGGCAGCGAAAACAACUGUGAGGCACAAUCCGUACCAAAAUAUAUUCUUGAUGUCGUUGACAAAAACUUCGAGGUAGCUAAACGUCGUGAUUUUGACCUGUGCCCAUCUGAGGAUCGCACUGGCUGGAUGGUAUAUAGUGGAACAUUCAUAGAAGAAAAAAGGAACAGUAAGUGUGACAUGUUUGUCGUGGAAAUUUGAGUUUAUACUUUUGCUAAAAAUGGCAAAAUGGUACCAAUUUGCCCUAAUAUGGAAAUUAAGUAGAAAUAACAAAUAAGUUAUUACAACACGCCGUCUUCCUAGAGGUGAGAAGCGAACCGGCCUUGAGCUAAAAUUCCCUAGAAAUUUUUUGGUCGGGCCAAUUCUUGUCUGACCGAAAUCAAAAACGGGCCGGAUCGGGCCUAGAAAUUUGCUGACCAGGCCAGCCUGAGGAAAAAAUAAUAACGGGCCGGGCCUAAACGUUGGGCCCCAGUCCUGGGCCAAGUCUAAAAAGUGGCCCCGGCCCUUUUCUCACCCUACCUCUUCUUCCAAUUUUUAAAAACACAUCCCUAAUUUUUAUUUUUAGGAAAAAUUACCACACUGCAUUAUACCGCGGUUUGUCGACAAAUGCACCCACUAUUAGAAAUGAGCCACCUUUUCAUGUUUGAAGACAUUCGCAUGUAUGAUAACAAUGAAGCUGCUCAAUAUUAUCAAAAAUUCAUCGACGAUUGGUGUCGGAUUGAAAAACGCCAAAGCUGUAUCUAG